CCUGUGUCCUGUGGAGCAGCUGGUAGUCCAUUGCUAACUACAGCGUGUAUGUCACCCUCUCUGUCGCUGUGUCCUCAGCCCUGACUUUCUGUCCGAGUGCACGUCACUUACUCUAUUUCAACAUCUGUCUCUCGCAUACGACUUUCAACACUUUACAGAGAGGAGCCAGUGGCCAGGUUUCAGACUGGAGGGCAAGGUCCCAGCAGUGUCCAGAGGGGAGGACAGUGGUGAGGUCAGUUCCCUGUCUGGAGAGCAGACGCCUGAUUGGCUGGGCCCCGCCAAGUUACAGCUGAGCCAGGGAGACAGUGGCGGGUCUGGCCCCUGGCAGACAGAGAGCAGCCUGGCUGAGUCCUGGUCCACCGUGGGAGACAUGAUGGACCCCGAGGACACCAGGAGCCUGGACAGCAGCGACGGAGUGGUCCACCUAGCUGAGGAGCGCAGCGAGAACCACUCCUCCAUCUCCGACAUGGUCCACCUAGAGCGGGAGGAGGAGGAGGAGAUACUGGCAGAGGAGAAGGAGGACGGGAGCCUGGGGGAAGAGGAGGAGCUGCAGGCCAGUGUGAUGAGGGUGCUUGGGGGAGGAGGAGACAUGUCUGAGUUCAGGGAAGAGGAGCUGGACACCCAGGAAUUAUCACUUUCAUCUGAGGUGUCAGCUGACCACCAAGAGACUAUGGAUUUAAUGAUGUCUGUGGCUGAGGAGCUAUUUGUCCAGGAGGAGCCUGUUGAAGUAUCCCACGCCACCACCGCCUCUAUGCCCAUGCCAGUUUGGAAGUUAGAGCCCCCCUCUGCAUCCUCUACUCCUGUCCCCUCAAUACCUACACUAGCUGAGUUACAUUCAGAGCUCCAAUACUCUAUGCAGGAGCAGCUCCACCCUCCCCCGGUCCUAGGACCUGGAGCACCACAGCCACCAGACCAGAGCCAAACUAACAGCCAACCAGAGUCCUCGGUCUCGCUCCCCGCUGCCCAGGAGACACAGGAAAUCCCACCAGUGACGCAGGAGGUUCCGCCAGAAAAAACAGAGGCUGAGCUUGCUACAUCGCUCCCUGCCACUGAGCUACCUGUGCUGCUGUGUGGGGGCGCUGCAAUGGUGGCUAUUGUGGGAGUAUUAGCUUAUGGGGCUGUGGCUUACUGCAGAAAGUAGCAAACCCCUAUCCUGUGAGCCCCAGCAGCCAUAUAACCCAGGUCUUUUAAAUCUACUCUAAACUAUUCCACCAAGAACAUACUGGAUUUUACACAAUGCGUUUCUUUGCAUCUAAGUAGUAUUAUGAAGGUUGGUUACAUUUUUUAUCUAUUUCCUGUGCUACCUCAGUUCACAUAAGAGCUCAGGAGAUUUGGAAGAGCUAGAAUUUUUGUUUCUCUGUAAAUUCACAGGAAAUUACACUUUUAAAAUAUCUUAACAAUCA